AUGACUAUCUUACAGGCUUAUGAACAAGCUUCUGGUCAGUUGAUUAACUUAGAGAAAUCAUCUGUCAUCUUCAGUAAGAAUGUGUCUAUUACGCAGAAACAGGAUGUAUGUGGUAAACUUGGUGGUAUGGAGGAAGUGAAACAUGGGAGAUACCUUGGUUUACCAAUGGUCAUAUCAAGGUCAAAAGAACAAGUCUUUGGCUAUAUUAAGGAAAAUAUGAACAGGCGUCUAGAGAGCUGGAAGAAUAGAUUCUUAAGCCAAGCAGGAAAGGAAGUCAUGCUCAAACUUGUUACUAUGGCUGUGCCAAUUUACGCGAUGUCUUGCUUCAAAUUGCCAAGGAAGUUAUGUAAGGAUCUCAGCUCAACUAUGGCAAACUAUUGGUGGGGAGAAGCCAAUGGUAAAAACAAAAUGCAUUGGAUUUCUUGGAAGAAAAUGGCUCAGGAGAGAAAGGAAGGAGGAUUGAAUUUCAAAGAUCUGGAAGCUUUUAACAAGGCUUUGCUUGGAAAGCAGAUUUGGAGGUUUAUCACCAAACCAAAUCUACUUGUGAGUAGAGUCUUGAAAGCCAAAUACUUCAGCAAGGAGUCCAUUUUCACAUGUAAAGUACCAAGCACUGCCUCGUGGUUCUGGAAGGGAUUGAUGAGUGUGAGAGAUGUGUUGGAAGAAGGGGUACUGAGGAGAAUAGGGAAUGGGAUUAGCACAAAGAUAUGGGAACAUAAGUGGAUUCCACAGGCCCCAAAUGGCAAGCCAUCAACAACUAAGCCACAAAAUUGUAAGUUUGAAACAGUUCAGCAGCUCAUCACUAACAAAAGAUGGAACUCCAACCUGGUUUUCAGACUUUUCAAUAAGUCGGAUGCUAUGAUGAUUCUUAGUAUCCCAGUCAGGCUAGGGGGGAGAGAAGACUCACAUUAUUGGGGAUACAAUGAAGGAGGAGAAUACACGGUGAGGUCUGGCUAUAAGAGGUUUAUGAAAGAGAGCUUAGGCAGUAGCAACUCUAAGAAAAAGGCUGGUACGAGCAUGGAGGCAGGCAGUAACCAAACAAAAGCCAUCUGGAAAAUAGCUCCAAUAACUUGGGAGGGGGCUGAUGAUCAGAUAGGAAACUUCCACAGAUGGUGGAGUAGGAUCACAGAGGCGAAGAAUAGACAAGAUGGAAGAAACCAUAUGGGGCUCACAGCUAAUAUACUUUGGCAAAUUUGGAAGGACAGGAACAAAAGGGAGUUCGAGAACCAGGCAGGCUAUAAUCCGUGCAGUGUUAUUCAAAAAGCACACAUGGAAUGGCUGGAGAUUGUGGAAUUAGAUUCGAAGAAGGAGCCUCAGAGCACAACAGAAACAGUGGUACCAGUGGAAGUGGACAGUGUUGCACCAGAAAGCCACGAAGGGGUAAAUCUGAGAGUGGCAAUCAAAACCUCUAAGAGAAAUGCAGUACUGGGAAUUGGAGUUUCUGUGCGCAGAGUACCAAAUGAGGCACAGGAAGUAUGGGCCUUAAAAGACAGAAGCUUGGGUGACCACAAUAUUGAUGAGGCUACAACAAUCAAGCUAACUUUAUGCAAAGCUUUGGACAGACAAUGGAGUACCAUCUCAGUACAAAUUCGUAACAAAGGACUGCUGAAGCUACUCAAGCUUGGUAAAGCUUCGGACUGCAGAAUGACAACACUGAUUGAGGAUAUCCUUAGCUUAAAAUCACUGUUUCGAAUGUGCUCAUUUUGUUUAGACAAUGAUGAUGAUAACAUAGAUUGUAAUAGUGUUAGUUCUUAUGCCCAUGGCAUUUUGUUGGAUGAGGAAUUCCUUGUUCCUCCGUGUUCUUGA